AGACGGUUUACUCAAAUAGGUUAUACGUUUACCUAAUGUUUUCGAUGGUACGUAAACGCAUCCAUAGCCACGACAGGUUUCGCGGAGGGGGAAGAGGAUACUCAGUCGAGCUUUGUUCUUAACAUCAUACUGGCAACACCGUAGGGAUUUAUUUAUUAGUUUAUCAAGGGUAAUUAAUACAGAGGGGAUAGCUUCUCAAAAAUGCUUCAGUCUCUAGCCAGCAAUUCGUGUGUGCGUUUGAUUCAAAACCACAAAUCAACGUGGUAUUUUCUGUUUUUAAUUCUGGGCUACGUGCUUUAUCUUAUAUUCGGCGCUGUCGUGUUUUCUUCGGUCGAGCUGCCUUACGAGGACCUCCUGCGCCAGGAGCUGAGGGCCCUCAAGAAGCAGUUCCUCCAGGAGAACGAGUGUUUGUCUGAGGAGCGGCUGGAGCGAUUUUUAAAGAAAGCGCUCGAGGCCAGUAACUACGGCGUUUCAAUCUUGAAUAAUGCCUCGGCGAACUGGAACUGGGACUUCACGUCUGCUUUGUUUUUUGCCAGCACGGUGCUUUCCACCACAGGCUAUGGUCACACGGCACCUCUGUCAGAUGGCGGGAAGGCCUUUUGCAUUAUUUACUCUGUGAUUGGCAUCCCCUUCACCCUCCUCUUCCUCACCGCUGUGGUGCAAAGGAUCAUGGUGUUCAGCACGCGGAGGCCAAUCGUGUACAUCCACACACGCUGGGGCCUGUCCAAGCCGAUGGUGGCCGUCGUUCACGCCACGGUGCUCGCCAUGCUAGCCGUUUCGUGCUUCUUCCUCAUCCCUGCCGCCAUCUUCUCUGUGCUGGAGACGAACUGGAACUUCCUGGAGUCCUUCUACUUCUGCUUUAUUUCUCUCAGCACCAUCGGCCUCGGAGACUACGUACCCGGAGAGGCUGCUAAUCAGAAGUUCAGGGAGCUCUACAAAGUGGGAAUUACUGUUUACCUGAUCCUGGGUCUGAUUGUCAUGCUGGUGGUGCUGGAGACCUUCUGCGAGCUGCAGCAGCUGAAGCAGCUGAGGAAGAUGUUCUACCUAAAGAAGGAGAAGCCGCAGGACCGCAUGGCGAUCCUGGAGCACGACCACCUGUCCUUCACCACCGUGUCCGACGGCAACACGACCAGCGCUCAGGACAAAGCCCAGAUGUUUGUUAGCGUCCCAACUCUGGCCUCUCCCCACGACGACGCGAUGAUCCAGUAAAUCUCAUCAGAGUCACUAAAGAUUUACAAACACACAUGAAUGGAAGGGUUAACUCGUGCAAAACUAGUAGUAGAUGAUAGUCGGCUUUUUUUGCCUUUAUAACUUUAGUUACAGCUUAAAGUGAUUGUUACUUAGACAGUGAACCAUAAAACUGACAAUAGAGUUGAGCAGCAGGGACUGGACCUACACGGUGAGGGACUAAUUCAUAUUUAAACGUCGACUAUAAAUACAGAAGCGUAUGCUAAAAGAAAACGUCCUCUGCUGUAUUUACGACGCACAAAAGCUAAGCGCCUUUACAAGCUGCAUUCGUUAUUGCACACUUAGGAAUAUUUUAUGAAGUAAUCCGUCUCUUAGCUCCAACUGCAGCACGGAACAAUCUUCAGUCACAAAAAAAAAAAGAAGUUCAAAUCUUAUAAAUAGUGUUGCUUCACAGGCGUUUGGCAUGUUGGAUGUUUUAAAUGUUGAGCACAAAAUCAAAGUCUAAAUGCAAAUUCUGCAAAUAAUGAACACUGUAAGUGUCGCAUCGUCUUUUAAUUAUUAUUUUUUUUGUGGGCAUUUCUCUUAUUCAUCUGCUAGUGACAGCUUAAGAGCUUCUGGAAAGGGAGCAGAGCAGCAAAGAGUCGCUGAUGUCAUUUAGUCAGAUCUGCUGCAUCAAAGACCCAACCAGUAGGAAAGUCUCAUUACAUCUUAUUUAAGAAAUAAUGCUUUUUAAUCUUUAUUUUGCACUUGGUACAAGCUAAACAUCAUGGCCAUGCAGGAUCUACAGACCUUUAAUGCAUUCAGUAUUUAAUUUAUUAUUGAUUUAUUUUGUUUUUAUGGAAAAAAAUUGCACAAUCAAGAGAGGAUAAAGCUUAAAUAUCGGAUUAAUCGGUUUUUAUUUACAAUAAACCAGAUAAGAUCAAAUAAUGGCAGGGCGUUUUUAAUUAUAAUUGAGGACGUGGAAGCGUAUAACUUGUAGAAAUGUAGGUAUUUGUGUUUACUUUCUGGUUGCGCUGGCACUGGGACAGGAUGUGUGUGUGUGUCUGACCUCAACGUGUUGUUUGUGAAGUGCUGUAAUUACUGAUUUCUCUGAACGGUUUAAUGUGUCCUGGACUGUGUGAAAAGGGAGGAGUGGCAUAUUCAGCCUAAGUGAAGUGAAGGCUGACCGCUUGUUUUUACUGUAAUGUAAAAAGAUUAAUUGGUACUUGAACCGCAGUCAGUUUACAGAAACAUAAAUGUUUUUUUGAAGGAUGAAAUGGGAACUUUGACAGAGAGUUGCAGAUGUUUCUUCUGCUAAGACUUUAGCUGUACGUUAAUCUGUAAAAGUUUGAUAACCGCUGGCGAACUUGGGAACUUAUUUUACUGUAUUUACAAAAUACGAGUGUAGAAAUGUUUUUAUUGUUAUUACUGUAUUUUUUAGAUUAUAAGGCGCAUUAAGUGAAA